GUCGUACGGCUGCAAACUUAGUUUUGCUGUCAGUUCCAGUUGUCAUGUUAUUAUUUGGAAGUUUGGAAGUGAUAAAGGCCAGGUGAUUUACAAUAAUAAGAGGUGCUGGCAUAGUCCAUAUUGCCUGACUGGUGGCUCUGAAAGUCUUCGAGAUCAUCUUGAAGAUUUGUAAAGGCCAAUCUACAGUGGCAGACUACAAGAGCCAUGUCACACGAGACGUACACUCGAGUCUGGUUACAGGCACAGGAGAUUCUUGAUGAUGCAACUCGUAUCGAUGUGGACCAACAGUCAGCCAAGCCCAUCAAGGACAAACGGCUUGCUCACAGGAUUGUGGGUGACCUAUUCCUUAAAUAUAUCAGAGCCAUAAAUCGACUAGAUGAAUGCUACGAUCAGGUAGUUCAGCCACAGAAGCGUCAACUGUUGCGUCGUCUGCUAGAUCUCAGUCUGGGCCGUUAUCUCGAGCUCAAACACGAACUGGUUGACCUCGACCUCAGCGAGUUCAGCUACUUUGAUGAUGUGAUGACUGAACAGAGAGUGCUACCCUCAGAAGCACAGGUAAAUAUUCCUAAUUACUAUCGACGUGAGAGAGCCAAGGAGAUCGCAGACCGACGAAGAACAAUGGAUGACAUUCUGAAGAAACUGGGAUUCUAUGAGGAGGAGUUUACGGGAAUUGAAAUGACAGAAGAUGAAGCAAUUCGACUCAUUCAGAUCCAUGAGCGUGCUCGUCAAGGUCGGCUUAGGUCCCAGUUCAUGAAAGAGAUUCGGCUGCUGAAGGAGAAAGUAAAGGUAGAGCCUCCACCGGAAGACCAAGAGGGAGAGAUCAACCGUCAAGCGGCGUUGCAAAUACAGAAGUUAUGGAGGGGCUACAUGACACGCCGCCGUCUGCGUAAACGUGUUCUUGAUGAGAUGCUACUCAUCGGCAUGUUGCCACCAGCCCAGAAUGUGACUGUGGAACGACAACGUGCAGCACAAGUCAAGGAGUUAAGGCGAGAGCUUCAAGAGCAGUACCAAGAAGACUUCAAGACCGCCAUAGUCGCAAGCAAAGACAGUAUGAAGAAGAACCGUGGAGCCCAGAUGGCAGAGGAUAUCAAAGAUGAGAUGCGCUCCUGGAUUAUGGCAUACAAGGGACAGACAGGCAAGUUCCCCGAACUACCCUCAGAGGAGGCUGGAGGUUCUGCCCUUAUCUUUAGUCGCCAGGGAGCAGACAGUGAAAUCAGCAAGUCCACUGCUCCCUCAUCCAAGGAGGGAAAAGGGAAGAAAGAUAAGGGGAAGAAAGCUAGUAAAGAGAAAGAGGAUGCAAAAAAGAAAAAAGUGGAUGAUGAAGAGGAUCCAGGCUUCAAGAUGGGAACUUCAAGCUUUCUGACUGAACUGAUGGUAGCAAGCGCAGAAUAUGAAGAGACAUGGCGGUGCCGGGAUGAGAGCAGCAACCCUCGUCAGACCUACUAUCAGGAGAUCAUACAGGAUCAGAACACAUCACAACUGGAGGCAGAGAUCAGAAAGGUGGUGGAUGAACAGUUGAGGGCUGAGCUGGAACUUUUACAAGCUGCUCUGGAUAGGGACAGGGCCAAAAAAGGGAAGAAGGGGAAGAAAGGAAGCAAGAAGAAAAAGGGAAGAAGGACCGGUAAGAAAGGAAAGAAGAAGAAGGAAAAGGACUUGACACCAGAUCGCACAUUGGAAUCACUAUUUGAAGAACUAAUCACAAAUGGAAUCAUCAAAAAGUACCCUGAGACUCCUCUGUCAUCUUUUGUUGGUGAACGAACAUAUGCUGGAGCGGAACUGAGGUUCGAUGGGAAGGAUCCUUCACCUUCUCUUGGAGAUAUCAGACAGGUUAUCCUGGAGUACUGUAUAUUGCCACUGGGAUCUAAAUCAAUACAUCAAUUGGCACCCCUGGUGCGAUCGGUACUAGUGGCAGGCCCACGUGGUACAGGCAAGGACAUGUUGGUGCACGCUGUAUGUACAGAGACUGGUGCAGUCCUGUUUGAUCUUACUGCUGCUAAUAUUGUCGGAAAGUACCCUGGCAAGAGUGGACUCAUCAUGCUGACUCAUCUCGUCAGUAAAGUGUCCAGGCUUCUCCAGCCGUCUGUGAUUUAUAUGGAUGGAGCAGAGAAACCUUUCUUGAAGAAAGUGCCCAAGACAGACAAGACGGAUCCAAAAAGACUCAAGAAAGACUUGCCAAAGUUGGUGAAAAGUAUUGGACCUGAUGAUCAGGUUCUGUUGCUCGGCGUGUCACAUUGUCCAUGGGAGUGUGACCAGAAGUUGUUGGCCCAGGCCUAUCAGAAGAUGGUGCUGGUUGUGCGGCCAGACUACGCCAGUCUGCAGCUCAUCUGGGCCCAACUACUGUUUCAGUACAGCGGAGUGAGUCGACAGUUUGACACUGGCCCUCUAACACGGCUCUCUGAUGGGUACACAGUGGGAACACUGGUCAAUGUUGUCAAGGAGGUGAUGACCUGUAAGCGAAUCCUGCAACUACGCAUCCAGCCACUGACACUGGCUGAGAUCAUCAACGUUCUCGCAAGGUAUGAGCCAGUGUAUAAGGAGGAGGAGGAACAGUUCCUGGUAUGGUAUAGCAAGACACCUUUGGGUCGGCGAAAGACCAGAGCUCUAGAGCUUGAGCAAGAACAACAACUCAAUAAGGAGUCGGUCAAUAAGAAGAAGUAAAACUACACCUGAAGCCUUUGUUGGAGUCAAAUUUAGAAGCUUUAUGGAAACCAUCGGCAUCUAACAAUAACAUUUUCUAAGAAACAAAAAAAAUAUAUUAUAGGUUUCUGUCCAACACAAAUUGGAUUUUUCCUAAAAUUAAUUGAAUAUCUAUCUAAUUUUGAAUGGUUUUUAAGAAAUCUAAUCAAGAUUUAUUUUAGAAGUUUGUUCAAAAAACCCUUUAGUUCAGAUUCUUCUUUAUGAAACCAAAUUACUACUUAAUUUUAGAGCUUUGUCUGAAAACCCAAUCAACAACUUAUUUGAAACCUUUUCACUGAAACCCAACAGAAUCUAUUUUGUGGUUUCUUUGAUAUCUAAUCAGUAUGUCAUUCAUCUAUUCAUAUAAUCCAAUGUAUCUAAUCUAAUUUGGAGUUCUAUUCAGAGAACCCAAUUGUUCUUUUGGGAUGCUGCUGCUUCAUAGAAUCCAAUCAAUAUAUAAUUUUAAUUUUGAGCCUACUUCAGAUGACCAAACAAGUAUCUUUUACGCAAAUGGCUUUAUAGAAUCUAAUCCAAUACAUAUAUAAUUAAGAAGCUGCUUCAGAGAGUACAACAAGAGUAUCAUUGUUGGGAUCUUUUCAAGAAAUCCAAGCAGAAUAAUUAUCCUUCUUUAGGGCCUCUUUGUGAAAUCCUAAUCAGAAUGCUCAGUUUAAAACUGUAGUUAAUUAUGUAUUAAUUUAUCUCAUACAGAAGCAUGUAGUUUUAAUAUAAUCACAAUACCCAGGUGUUUUUAAGAGAAUAAAAUUAUUGAAAUAAGAA